UUACUUCUACUAUGGUAACGUAGUUUGUUUUGCAGAAUAGAUUCUGAGCGAGUGAGGUGUGUUCAUGUUUUUAGAACUUGCAUGUAAACAAAGCGUAAUAGGUUGAUAAUUCGAACUUUUAACAAAUAUUUUUUUAAUCAUAAGAAACAUAUAUAAUUUGUACGUUCAUUAUCGAUAUAUUGCCUGCAUUGAUAAUUCUAAUUCUUCCAAGAAUUUAAAAUAUUUUUGAAAAUUUUCUUCUUUAUGCAUAUUGGUUUCUUAAUUAAUUUUUACAAUGGUGAAAGUGACUGUCAUUGGAGGUGGUUGUUUAGGUGUCAAAAUUAUAGGUGAGCUAGCUUAUCAUGGGCAUGAAGUGAGAGUGUAUGACAGAAGCCCAGAACGCUUGGAUUAUGUCCGUUUGCGAGUUCAGGAUGAGAAAGCCUUAUUGGCUGAAGAUGGAUUAUUGCCACCUUCAGGAUUUGUGGGCGAUAUAUUUUAUGUCAGUAGAUUAGAGGAAGCUGUUAGAUCAUCAGAUUUUAUAUUUGAAGCUGUCCCAGAGGAUUUAGCAUUGAAGCAGGAUUUAUUUGAAUGGAUAUCCCAGUGUUGUAAAAGUGAUGCAGUCAUUGCUACUAAUUCAAUGACUUUGAAUAUUGAUCUCAUUUCUGAACGAGCUUCACAUAAAGAGCGAUGCCUAGGUGUUCGAUACUUAUAUCCAGUAUAUUGUAUACCUGAAGUUGAAAUAGUUCCAAGUAGUCAUACAGCUCUAGCUACACUAGAGAAAGUUCGUCUGUUUUUGUCUCGAAUGGGAAAAGUGGCAUUUUUCAGAGCUGGCAAAGAUCCUCUAGUCUUAACUGCUAAGCAAAGAGAUGCGAAGAAAGCUGAGUUUCUUAAAAACAUGCGUGAAUGUAAAGGAAACUUGCAAAAGAUUCCACAGACUAUACCCAAUCUUUCUGAUAAGCAGUUAUUGUCAAAAGGUGCUGAUGUUGAAUUAGAUGAACCAUCUGGAAGGGAGAAAGACUGUGUGGUAUGCAUGGAUGAAGAACGAAAUUGUGUAUUGCAUCCGUGCCACCACAUGUGCACAUGCAUCACAUGUGGACGGCUAUUAUUGAAACGUCAAGAUGCCUGUCCUAUUUGCAGAAAGCACAUAUCCUCUGUCUUUCGAGUUUAUCACUCGUAAAGAUACAAGUGAUGACUCAUGACAACUACUUAAUAACCACCGGCAAUGCUAAUCUGUUUUCCAUGCAAGUAAAUGUAAUUGCUUGCAUCCAUGACAAAUGUACUUUCUGUAUGUCAAUUUGUCCUUUUGGUAUAAUUAGUUCUGUUUCUGCUCAUUUUAAUUGUUACUCAAUUUUAUGUGUGAUUAUUUGUUAUAUUAGCUCAAAAUUUCGAUGUGAUAAUUUUAGUGACUUUAAGACAUUUUGCAGAAUUUCUGCUGUAUACUUACUCUUUCUUAGGUUUUAUUUCACUUCUGAAAUAUGGAAAAUUUAGUUAAAAAUUCUUGAUAUGGAAAUUCAAAAUUUAUUUUAUGAAAGGUUUUAAAGGUAGAAAGAAGUUCAAUUGAAUAUAAUAUUAAUUUUCAUUCGAUUUGUUAUCCUUUUUCAAUUCUGUUGGAAAUAAUAAUGUUUUGCUUUAUUUUUUUUAUUAAUAUUAUUAAUGGAUUAUAUUUUUACGUCAAAUUUACUGCAAUAAGACACAAUUUAUAAAAUUUUGCUGUCAUUAUGAAAGUUUAAUGGGUUAAGUACAUGUUGUCCUGGAAGAAGGAAACAUGAAAAAAUGAACCAUGACUUCAUAAAGUUAUAAUGCAUAAAUUUUCUGAAAAUUUAAAUUGAUUACAUUAUAUCAGCUGUAUUACAAGGGCAGUAUUAAAAUGCUUUAUGUUUUUGCCUGUAUAUAAAAAGAUUUAGUGAAUAUUAAUUGGUUUAAAAUGAUAUGUGAUAUUUUUCAUUGCUAAAUCAUUCUAAUUUACUGGUAGAUACAAUUAUUGGCAAGUUACACUAAUUUUUCAUAAUUACCGAUCCGGAGAAUCAGUAGCUUUUUAAAAAGUAUUUUUUUUCUUUUCUUUUCUUUUCUUUUCUUUUUUUUUUUUUUUUUGAUAUUUUGUUUCCAUAGAAAAAUAUUUGUUCAGUUACUAAGCUAUAACUUUUAUGCAUAUAUAUUUGUUUAAAUCUUUUGAAAAAAAAAUAUUUUUAGAGUUCAUUGCAUAGAUGUCAGAAGAACUUUGCUUUAUUUUUUAAUAUUUAUAAAGAUGCAAUUGUAAUUUUUUAUUUUGUGAAUAUUGCUACGAAAAGAUCAAUGUUACUCGCAUUGCUUUUUGUACCCUUAAAAUCUUGCACACACAUAUCUAUCAGUCACAUAUCUAUAAAGAAUUAAUUAGAUAUGCAUAUUUUUAUAUUAUCUGGACAUUAAAAUUUUCGAGUCAUUGUUGUAGAUAAAUUUAUUACACAUUUAAAAGGAAAAUUUCCUUUGCUAGGAUUUUGUUCUAAUUGCUUUGUAAGCUUUGUGUUUGUGGAAUUUUAUAUAUUACAUUUUUUUAUUGCUGUAUAUAUGUGAUAUCAAAAGCUUUUUUUUACAGUUGUUAAGUUUUAAAAACUGUUUAUAAUCUUGUAUGUAGAUUAUUUUAAAGCUAAUAAUCUAUAUGUAAGAAUUUCAACUAAUAUGAUAUGUAUCUUUGCAUUGACUCAAAUUUAAAUAAGAGAAUUGUUUAUUUUCUUG